AUGGCUCCGAGGAAACGCACAGUCCUCAUCACAGGAUGCUCGGAUGGCGGCCUCGGUGCCGCUCUCGCCCUGGCCUUCCACAAACGUGGCGACCGCGUAUUUGCAACCGCACGCACUCCCUCGAAAAUGUCGUCCUUGGCUGCCGUUGGCAUCGAAACCCUGCCGUUAGAUGUCCUCUCCGAAGAGUCCAUCAAAUCCUGUGUGGAAAAAGUGUCAUCCCUGACUGAUGGUUCACUGGACAUAUUGAUCAACAACGCCGGGGCCGGAUUGAAUAUGCCCGUCCUUGACGUUUCGAUCGCCGAUAUCCAAAAACAGUUCGAUAUCAACGUGUUGGGCGCGAUCCGGAUGAUACAGCUGUUUUUCCCCCUGCUUCGCAAUUCGACGGCGGAGGUCAAGAUGAUUGUCAACAAUAGCUCCUGUGUCUCGGUUCUAGCCCUGCCGUUCACGGGACCAUACUCGGCUUCCAAAGCUGCGCUCUCCAACUUCAGCGAGAUAUUGCGGCUUGAACUGCAACCAUUUAGUAUCAAGGUCGUUGAUUUGCGCACCGGGGGCGUGAAGUCGAAUUUCUUCGACAACGCCAAUAGCGAAAUGAGUUCCAACUUACCGGAGACUAGUCCCUACGCGCCUGGCAAGGCCGCCGUGGACAAGUUUCUCCGCCACGGCCCAGCAGCAAGUCUCAUGAAAGCAGACGACUGGGCCGACAAAGUGGUGAGGGAUUUAUCCAAGCGCGGCGGGAAAGGAGCCCCACACCAAAUCUGGAGAGGAGAGGGAGCAACGUUCGCAUGGCUCAACGCAACAGUAUUGCCCGUGGGAUGGCUGGAUAGCUUGUCGAAGAAGCUUACUGGAUUAGAUGUGGUGGAGAGCAGGAUAAAGGGGGGAAAGGCAAAGGUGGUAUGA